AUGCCCUCGGCUGUUACUGACAAUGGCACUCCCCACCACGAUUCACUAUGUGAUAGGACAAACGAUUUAUCUGAGUCAACUAUUCAAAGUGACUCAAUCUCUCCUCAUCCUCUAGGACUUAAGCCUCUAGGCAACCAGUACCUCUUCGCAGGCCGAAAUGCUAAGCGGUCAAUCGGCGCGUGGAGGCUUCUCCCUGACGAAAUUAUUUCGCUUGUGCUUGAGGAGUUUGAUGCAAAUACUCUCUUGAAGCUUGGCCAUACUUGCAAAUUCUUUUAUGCUUUUUGCCACUCAGAUGAGCUUUGGAAACCUCUCUUUCUGCAGUCACCACCAAAAGAUAGCAAGGAUAUCCGAUGGCAAGGGUCAUGGAGAUCAACCGUCUUAGGAUUCCCUAGUGAUCAGGAAACGAAGAUUGACUGCAGCAAUGUCUUCUCAGAUGUACUCCACCGACCAUUCGCCUGCAGUCAUGUCAUCCUUAAACAGUUCACCUCAGAUAUCCCCAAAGCAAACCAGAUCCGUCGAUUUGAGGACCUGACUUACGAUCAGUAUGCUGAGAGGUGGACUGAGCAGCCGUUCAUCCUUACCAAAUGCAUACAGGACUGGCCAGUCUCUAAAGGAUGGACCAUCGAUUUCUUGCUUGAGAGAUAUGGCCAAGUAAAGUUCCGUGCCGAGGCCGUCGACUGGCCAUUCUCAACCUACUGCAAAUACAUGAAUAACAACCGAGAUGAGAGCCCUCUGUAUCUAUUCGAUCGUAGAUUUGCAGAGAAAAUGGGCAUAAGGCUGGGAGAGAAGGAAAAUACUGCAUACUGGAGACCAGACUGCUUCGGACCCGAUUUGUUCGAGGUUCUUGGAGACGAACGACCCGCCCAUCGAUGGCUCAUUGUUGGUCCUGAGCGAAGCGGCUCAACCUUCCAUAAGGAUCCUAACGCGACAAGUGCAUGGAACGCUGUGAUUCAAGGAUCAAAGUAUUGGAUCAUGUUCCCGCCAGCGACGCAGGUGCCUGGAGUUUACGUCUCCAGCGACAGCAGUGAAGUUACUAGUCCGCUCAGUAUCGCAGAGUGGCUCCUCACUUUCCAUGAAGAGGCACGGCAGCUUCCUGACUGCAUCGAAGGCAUUUGCGAAGCGGGCGAGAUUCUCCAUGUUCCCAGCGGGUGGUGGCAUCUGGUGGUUAAUCUCGAGAGCGGAAUCGCUCUCACGCAAAACUUCGUGCCGCAGAGCUUAAACCUUGUGUCAGAGGUUGUCUCUUUUCUUCGAGACAAGGCUGACCAGGUCAGCGGGUUCGGUGAUAGCGUCACAGACCCCUGGGGGCUGUUUAUGGAAAGGAUGAAGAGCAGCUAUCCAGAAGUUCUUGAAAAGGCGUUGGAGCUGGCUGAUAAGAAGAGCGGAAAGAAGCGUAAAUGGGAUGCUGCUGUUGGUGGGGCAGAUGAUGAGCAGCAGGGAACUGGUGGUGGUUUCAGCUUUGGUUUUGGAGGCGAUGAUGAUGAUGAGAUACCCUAG